UUGUUUGACCACAAUUCUUUACAAAACUCUCUCAUUUUUUAAUUGGUAUACUUACAAAAUGUUGUCUACUUUUAGUUUCGCUAAAGAUUCUGUGAUAACUGCAAUUUUCGUCGAAUCUAAAGGAAGUUAUCGGAAUCUUUUACGAAGAAAAAUGAGGUAUAAUCAGAUUUUGGUUUCGAGGAUAUCGAAAAUUUGCUACAGAUCAAAGCAUAAGGUGGCGGGAAAGCUAUUUGAGGAAGUAGACGGUUAUGGCGUUGGAAAAAUUUCUAAUUUCCCUAAGUAUCUUGACAAGUUUUCUGUUAUGUUGGGGUACAAUAACCUUGAUUGUUUAGUAAACGGAACUCAAAAGGAAGCAGGUUUUGUUCUAGAAGACAAGAUAGAUACCUUUGAUGUUUCUUCUAUAUGCAAAAAAUUUCCUUCCAUCUCUAUAGGAAGUUCACCCGUAGUGGAACUGUAUACUGAUUCAGCUUGCCAUUCUCAAACAAGGACUUGUUCUCCAGCAUCAAGUUCUGAAGAAAUUCAGCCUCUCUUGACCAAUGGGAAGUGGAUAAUUCCAGAAUAUCUUACAGAAAAGUGCCCUGCUCUUGAUUCUAGGCUUCCAAAUACAAGUUCCCUUAGUGAAAAAGCUUCUUUGCAUUCACCAGACCGAUCUCAGCCUGAUGGUCUGGAAGAAGCUUCUUUGCCUCUUGACAAACCUAUUAGCUCAAUUAAAGGAUUGAGCAAACGACACUCAACCCAACUUGAAGAUUGUGAUUUUCAUACGUUGCGUAAAUUGUUGCAUCACUUUCCUCGGACCUAUGCUGAUCUUCAGAACUCACAUAUGGGAAUUGAAGAUGGCCAGUACUUGAUUUUUGUUGGGCGGAUCUCAUGUUCCAGGGCUAUUAAAGCCAGCUAUUCCCUUUCUUUUUUGGAGGUGAUUGUGCGUGGUGAGGUUGAUCAUGUGGAAAAUGAUGUAGUUGAACGAGAUGACAUAAAAGAUGAAGGAAAGAAGAUCAUACAUUUUCAUUUGAAGAAAUUUUUCCGUGGCACUCGUUUCACUAGUCAAGGUUUUCUUUGGUGCCUUCAGAAAAAACAUAGAGAAGGUGAUAUUGUGUGUGUCAGUGGCAAGGUGAAGAGCACUUCUAAGGAAGAUCACUAUGAAAUGAGGGAAUAUAGCUUGGAUGUAAUUGAAAAUGAAGAUGAUCCAUCUGUUCCAAUUAAGGGUAGACCAUAUCCGAUAUACCCUUCAAAGGGUGGCCUCAAGCCUCAGUUCUUCAAGGACGUUAUGAUGAGAGCCUUGCAGUCAUUGCCUACAAAUAUCGAUCCUGUUCCUCAAGAUAUCACAACAGAUGUUGGAAUUCAGGGGCUCCACGAUGCAUAUAUUGCAAUUCACCAGCCUAAGGAUUUGUGUGAUGCUGAUUUUGCUCGCAGAAGGUUUAUAUUUGAUGAGUUCUUCUACCUUCAGUUGGGACGAAUGUACCAAUUGCUUGAAGGUCUUGGUUCGAGAAUAGAAAAGGAAGGGUUGCUUGAGAAAUACAGAAAUAUAGAACAAAGUUCUAUUUUUGCUGAGGAGUGGUGUAACCUCACUAAGAGUUAUCUAGCAGCACUUCCUUAUUCUUUAACUAAAAGUCAAUUAAGCGCAGUGUCGGAGAUUAUUUGGGACCUAAAGAGACCAGUUCCCAUGAAUCGGCUGUUGCAGGGUGAUGUUGGCUGUGGAAAAACAGUUGUUGCGUUUUUGGCAUGCAUGGAAGUCAUUGGCUCAGGAUAUCAGGCAGCUUACAUGGUUCCAACGGAGUUGCUUGCUAUCCAGCAUUACGAAGAUUUAUCUAAUCUGUUGGAGAAGAUGGAGUCUGCUCAUAAGCCUUCCAUUGCUCUUUUAACGGGUUCAACUUCAGCUAAACAAGCACGGAUGAUACGCAAUGAACUCCAAGCAGGGACUAUCUCUUUAGUAAUUGGUACCCAUAGUUUGAUAGCUGAUAGUGUGGAGUUUUUGGCUUUGCGACUUGCAGUGAUAGAUGAGCAACAUCGUUUUGGUGUCAUCCAGAGAGGAAGGUUUAAUAGUAAGUUAUGCUCAGCACCGACGAUGUCUGGAACUGGUUCAGCUGCUGUUGGUGAUGCCAUGAAAGAUGAGAUUCAGAUGGCACCUCAUAUUCUUGCAAUGUCGGCUACCCCUAUUCCAAGGAGUCUUGCUUUUGUUCUUUAUGGAGAUGUGUCCCUAACGCAGAUUACAGAUUUGCCUCCAGGCAGAUUACCUAUUGAGACACGUAUUGUCGAAGGAGACAAGAACGGUAUUGAGAAGGUUUACAAGAUGAUGCUCCAUGAACUGGAAGCGGGAGGUAAAGUGUACGUUGUAUACCCAAUCAUUGAGCAGUCUGAGCAACUUCCCCAGCUUCGUGCUGCUUCUGGAGAUUUUGACACCAUAUGUUCCGAGUUUCCCAAUCAUAGCUGUGGGUUACUACAUGGAAGAAUGAAGGCUGAUGACAAGGAUAAAGCAUUAAAAUGUUUCAGAGAUGGGGAAACAAAGAUUCUUCUUUCUACCCAAGUUAUUGAGACAGGGAUUGAUGUGCCAGAUGCAUCCAUGAUGGUGGUCAUGAAUGCUGAAAGAUUUGGAAUGGCACAGUUGCACCAACUUCGAGGUCGAGUUGGUCGUGGUUCUAGAAAAUCCACAUGUAUACUUGUUGCAUCUACUGCAAGUAGUUUGAGUCGCUUGAAGGUGUUGGAGUACUCGGCCGAUGGAUUUCAUCUGGCAAAAGUUGAUCUUUUUCUUCGGGGACCUGGGGACCUGCUUGGAAAGAAGCAGUCAGGACACCUUCCAGAUUUUCCGAUUACGAGACUAGAAAUUGACGGAUCUAUAAUUCAAGAUGCUCAUGUUGCUGCACUGAAAAUUUUAAGCGCCUCUCAUAAUCUGGAGCAAUAUCCAGAGCUUAAAGCUGAGCUUAGUAUGCGACAGCCGCUUUCUAUCCUUGGUGAUUAAGGGGCAACAGGAAGGACAACACACACCAACAACUUCACCACCACAACACCAACACAGCAAGAGAAGGUGGAGCAGGCCUGAACUGACAAAAGAAGAGCAGCAACAGUAAUUAGUAAUUAAUUAUUGUACUUGCAAACUUUAGCUUUGUAGUAUAAGUAAGGAAAGAAAGGAAGAAAAGGGGUUGAGAAUUGUUGUGUAUUGAGACUAGUAACCUAAAGUUACUGACUUGGAGAGUUGUAGCCUCUAAGCUACUGAUUUUGUAACCGUUUACUCUCUUGAGAGUUCUUCAAUCAAUCAACUCCUUCCAUA